GUGUUAAAAGAGAAGCAAAAAUAUGGAAAGAAAGGUGCUAGAAAAAGAGUUACAAAAAAAGUGAGGACAAUAUUAGAGGAAUAUUUUCUGACUAGUAAUAUAAAUAAAAGUGAUUGUUAUACUGCACAAGACAUGCAUCAAGCCCUUCAGAAAAGGGCACUUGAGGAUAAAAUCGCGAGUAAAGAUGUUCUAAAAAUAUCCACUAUUCAAAAUUGGAUAGGCUACUACACUCGCUAA